CUUGGUUCCUUUUGGUCAAUUCAUCGUCCCAUUAUCUCCUCUCAAAAGAACCAUUGCAUGAAUGAAUGUCUUCCACGACAGCCAUCGUCUUGGGGCUGCGAUAUGCCUUGCAAUGCAGGCGCUUAUUCGACGCAUGAACGCCUACCAAGGACGCAAUCAUCCGCCCUGUACCGUGGCCUUGCUUGUUCCGCCAGAACCAGAAAGCAAAAACGAACCCUCUCACGGUUUCGUCUAGAUGAACACGUACCGCCAGAAUAACAACACGCUGCGCGCACAUGUGUCUCCAUCCGCGUUUUCUCUUCUUCUAGGCCCACAAAAACUAAUUCGAACCUGGUUUUCGACCUGUAGUCGGGUCAUGGUGUCCAUCAUCAUCAUCAUCUACCUUGGUCCCCACACGCCAACUUGUAUUUCACCACCCGGCCAUUGACUCGUUGCGCGCCAUUGCCGCAUCCAAGACCCUUAAUAUCCAUCUUCUCGCCGUCAAACCCGCUGUCCCGGCACCCAGCUUCCACUCCCUAUCUACUCGGCUUCGGUACACUCUCCCACUGAAGACUGCGCCCUACCCAGAUCCUCACUCACAUCACAUGCUCACCCACGUUCACGCCACAUGGCUGUCGACAGUCACCAGCUCACUUGUUUGCUUAUUGUCUGCAGCCCUUCGUCUUUCCCACCCAUUUUGCUUCUUCUUCAGCUUUAACCACUUUAUCAAUCCGGAGGCCAGUUCAUGUGCUUUUUGUCCUUUUCUCUUCUUUUUCUUUCCUCCAUGCGAUCCAAUGUUCUGGUCCUCGAUUUCUAUUCUCGUCAUUGUAGUUGUUGUUGCUACUAGCCUUGACCCUUUUGAUCAUCACAUCCGUGCGUGCCCUGUCCACUGACUUGCAGGCACCUGCGCACGCACAGCACAGCUUCUGUACCUCACCACCAGAGACUAGGGUUACAGAAAUCAAAUCGACAUAGUUACUCGUCAUGCUUGCGUGCUUCUCAGUUCUGUUCCCCUAUUGCCCCCAUAUCUCGGCGAUCACGGGCCUUUCAUCUCUAUCAUGUAUCACUCAAUGUCUUGCAUUGAAAGGGUAUACCUGCAUGUAUUUGGGCACCCUCCAUCCACUCUUCAGCCCACGCUGAAAAUAGAAUCGCGAGACUUGUUUUUGACGGAAUAAACUUUCCGACUUCUGAUUUCGAGACUUUUUUCUUUCGUGGAUACUAAUCACGACUCCAAUCUUCCGUCACUCUCGAGAGCGUAGUAUUGCGACUUGCAUGUCCUACUGCUCCCUACUACCGCUACAUCGCGUCUUCUCCCCGGUCUUCCCAUCUCUCCCCGUUUCUUUGCCCCACAUACUAGUGUAGUUGAUCGCUUCUCAUUGCUCCUGCUUUACCAAUACUACUCAUAGAUUUCAUCGUUGGAUCACCUAUGGCGUAUGCUCCCCCACAUAAAGGCAAAACGCACACACGCUUAUUCUAUCUCUCUAUCUGCAUCUACUAUCCCUCACGGUCUCCAAGUCGAAUAUAUCCCAGAUCCCGAAAUGCUGGGCC